AGUCGACCGUGAUGCAUAACCCAUGAGACUGUCCGCGUUCGCGAGUCGUUGUGCGUGUGUAGUCGUGGCCUCCAUGCCGGCGCAGCAGUACUGGCAGUACUGAGGUUAGCAAUUCAGAUCAGCGGGCCGCGCUAGCCAGCGCACAGCCCCCCGCAGAAGCAGCAUCGCGCCCAUCCAGUCCAUGGCUGCGACCUCCUACAUGCCGGCGAGUACCGCAGGCUCGUCCGACCUGGACGGCAGCGGGAGUGUGCUCUCCGGCAUGAACUUGGUGAACGCGUCGCUCGGGGGCGGCUACCACACGUCGCCGAGCCCGCGGUCCGCGGCCGACGCGUCUCACCAUGGCGUGGAGAUGAAGUACAUGCCGACGGCGCAGCAUCACCACCACCAUCACCAUCACCAAGUGCCCGCGUCGCCGUCACCCAACGGCCACCCCGUGUCGUUAUCCGCGUCCCAUAACCCAUGGGUGAGCCUGCAGCCCGGCUCGGGGCCGGACCCCUGGGCGGCCAGCAUGGCCACCAUGCACAGUCACCACGGCCACCAUCACCAUCACCCUCACCAGGCCGCCACCAUGGCCGACAUCAAGCCGUCUCACCACGCCAUGCACGAGCAGCAUCGGGUGCCCCCGCAGCACCAGCAGCCCGGCCUGGCGUCGCCGCACUCGUGGCACGCCCCCGUCGUGUCCUCGGCGCACUACUCGUCGGCGGGGUCGCCGCUCAACCACCAAAUGUACCACGCGGCCGUGAACGGCAUGCUGCCGCACCACCAGACGUCACCGCAGCUGCACGCGUCGCUGCGGGACCUGCAGAGCCACUCCCCCGGGCCGCUGCACCUGCACCACCAGCAGCUCGACGGCCGCGGCGACCCGGAGGGCAACGAGGAGGACGCGCCCACCUCGGACGACCUGGAGGCCUUCGCCAAGCAGUUCAAGCAGCGUCGGAUAAAGUUGGGGUUCACGCAAGCGGACGUGGGGCUAGCGCUCGGGACGCUCUAUGGGAAUGUGUUUUCGCAGACGACCAUCUGCAGGUUCGAAGCGCUGCAGCUUAGUUUCAAGAACAUGUGCAAACUCAAGCCGCUGCUGCAGAAGUGGCUGGAGGAGGCGGACAGCACCACCGGCUCGCCCACGAGCAUAGACAAGAUCGCGGCGCAGGGCCGGAAGCGGAAGAAGAGGACCAGCAUCGAGGUGUCGGUGAAGGGCGCGCUGGAGCAGCACUUCCACAAGCAGCCCAAGCCGUCGGCGCAGGAGAUCUCCGCGCUGGCGGACUCCCUGCAGCUCGAGAAGGAGGUGGUGCGGGUGUGGUUCUGCAACAGGCGGCAGAAGGAGAAGCGGAUGACGCCGCCGAACACGCUGGGCGGCCCGGACAUGAUGGACGGCGGCAUGCAGCCCCCGCACGGCAUGCACCCCGGCUACCACCACCAGGACCAGAUGCACGGGUCGCCGAUGGGGCCGCACUCGCACAGCCCGCCCAUGCUCAGUCCGCAGGCCAUGUCCCACCAGUCGCUGGCGGCGCACUAACAUGGGGCCCCACCGCGAUCACCCAAUGCCACGACCACAGGCCGGCCCAGUGGACCUGGGACCCCCAAUGGGGCCCCAUACUGGGACUAUCUGUGAAGCAGGAGCCCGCCGUCGAGGCCGCCGAGGUCGCCGAUGACGUCCACUGGGACUACUUCGGCGGCGAUGGAGGCAGCGGCGGCGGCUGGACCAGCCUGGCCGCACCAACGGCGGGGACGUCAGUGGACUCGCAGCGUGACACCUUAGUCAAAGUGGAAACCAAAUACGACAACUGAGGAGGCCAGAAACCAGGAGUGAUUGUGUGCGUGCGUGUGUGUGAGUGCGUGUGUGCGUGUGCGAGUGAGUGUGUGUGCAAGUGGGGCCUCAUGUGAUAGAGUCGUGAAGUGUUGCGGGGGCGCGAGUGCCCGGCGUUCCUAGGGGCGCCUCACGGCCCCGGAGGGAGGCUGCUGAGCUCCCCCCACGCUCAUGGCGCCCGUCGUCGCGCUGCCAAACGUAGUGCUCUGUCCCCAGUGUGGUUGCCGCCAGCCUGCCCGCAGGGGUGCCAACUCACCCCUCGCCGGCGGGUUGGCCAGGUUGUGGCAUGAAGAGCCAUAUUUAUUUUGGACUUUAAAGGACAAUGAUACCAAAAGACUGUGUGGUGGUGUUCGUCGGUGGAGAGAGUACCUUCUUUUUGUUUGUUUGUUUGUUCGUUCGUUUGUUUGUUUGUUUUAGUCCAAGACUCGUAUAAAUUUGCAAAUAGAUCUGUUUUAUAUGAAGCAAGCUCGGUUAUGUAAAUAUAGUGAUAAGUGGAUAUAUAUAUAAAAAUAUAUAUAUACGAAUUCUAUAUAUAUUGAGGGGCCCAAGGCAUAGUGUGGUGCCGGCACGGCGUGUGUACAUAUGGACAUUUGAAUUACCCGGUGAGCUAUCGGGACGUGCCGCAAGCACUCCUUCGUACAAAGUUCUUGUUCCUUAGUGCUUCAUGGAACCGUGCAGUCAGUGAAUGUCAUUACUAGGCGUUUGGUCCAAAAGUGUUAAAUUCGAUCGACGAUUCAUUCAGUGUCUUAGUUUUAUUGGUUUGCGCUACCAAAAAAAAGGAAGCUUGCCCAGUGAUUGGCCCGCGUGUGCACCUUUAUCGUCUCCUCUUCGCAGAAACCUCGUUUCUGAAUCAGUGACAUCAGCGUUCAACCAAAGUGCAGUGCAGUGCCUUAGUGUGUGUGUCUGUGAGUGUGUGUGCGUCAAGAAAAAGUGAUUUUAGUGCUGGCUGGGCCGGGCUGGGCCGGGCUGGGCCGAGGAGCAGCUGUGUGCCCAGUCGGGGCCUGGCCGGCCUGGCCGCCACGCGGGGCCCAAAGCCCUACCCGAUCCCGGCUGGUUGGACAACUCACCGGGCUGGAUGUCAAGCCGGGUAGGGCUGGCUUUGGAUCGGCCUGCCUGCCUGCCUGUCCGGCCACGCGGUGCCCGGCCGCCCCGCCAGCAGCCAGCCAGACAGUCUCAGCCUACCUGCCGCCUUAGGCAACAAAAGGUGUUCCCCAGCAACCUGCCCGCCACUCCGAAAAAAAUACAAGAAAAAACGUGCAAGAAUGUGGUUCUAGCUUCGUCUAUGGCCCUCUCUCUCGCUCGGGGACGCGCGCGCUCGCUCCGUCUUCGUCGCGCCGAGAGGGUCAUCCGUGUGUGUGUGUGUGUGUGUAUGUGUCUUGUGGGGUGCCGCGCCACCCACCCCCGCGAGGAUUUGCCACACUGGAAGUGAAAAAGUUUUGUGAAUCGUGCGCCUCGUUGGACUGCCACGCACCAGGUACUGACCAGGUAGGGCCAGCAUCGGUCUGUUCUUACUUGUGUGUUGGAUUGAACGCUGUUUAGGGCGAAAAAGCCAAAGAGAAACCGUUAAGUAAUGAAUUUUGCAGGUGUGUGUGCAUUUUACUUCGGAACGCCACCGAUUUCCUUUUUAAAGCUUAGAUUUCAUUCAAACUUUUCAAUGUUUCUUGAAGUCAUUUUUUCUGUGUGAUAAAACAGUCCAGUUUUUCAUUUUACACACGCCUGCAAAGUCAUCACUUAUUUGGAAGUGGUUUUCUGCGAAAGAGGAUACGUCCAAAGUAAAUAAUACGCAAGAGGCAUUGAUAACUGUUCCGUAGACUGUUCCAUUUUGCAUGCUGCGAAUUUAGAUACACUUUUCUUAAAUUUUUCUACGUUGAUUGUCUUUGAUCUCCCGUCCGAAAAGAAACAAAAAUAAUUGCAUGACCGCUUUACUCGUUCAUUCAUUCAUUCGUUUAAUUUUCAUUGAAACUCCAUUGAUUCGCACCUUCACUUUUCCGCCAACGUCGGUGUAAUUUGUUCUGUAUUUUCGAUUUGGUCCCGAAAAGAGGGACGCACUUUUAACGCCUUCGUAAGAUUCAGCGUUUGAUAACGCGCCGCGAAAAUGAAAAGGCCAGCAGUGCAGGGAGGCAUCCAUCGGGAGUCCCUCCGGGGCGACCCUUACUCUGCCGAAUGCGAACAAUGGCAAGUACGAUGCCCCGUAAUAGUCCAUUGUGCACACGUCCCGACCGACUGUUCAUCUGUCUAAAUAAAAAACGUGUUGCUGUUUACGAUAUCGGAAGUCAGGUGCAUGCGAUUGACUUUAUCGGUGUUCGUUCCCCCUUUCUGCGGGUCGCGCUGGGCGAAAAGUUAAUGACGCAAAAUGCGGUUAGUUUGGGAAAACUUAUCAAUGCCUCGUCUCAUUUAGGGUUAAGCUGGAUGAAAGUGUGUUGAAAUUGAUCGUUGGGAUGUUGAUUCGCAGAUUCAAUUGGUCUGGACCACUUUGUUUUCAAUGUCAAAUUUUGGUAGUGCCCAUGCCAAGCUUCUUUGAACAGGUGAAGCACGUUGUUUUUGGCGCUCCCCGACGCCGUGCUAUGUUUGUUGUAAGUCAUUUUAUAAAGCUUUGUUGCUCUCGUUACAAAAUUUUCCUGUUUGACUAGUUUCAAAUUAAGUUAAUUGAGUCCUGCAAGCCUGUGAAUUUCUAAAUUUAUUUGAGAAUGUGUCUCUUCUCCGUGCACGGUUGGAUUUGUCUCUUUAGUAAUCAUGCAUAUGUGUCAUUCUUGAGCCGAUUAUUUUCUUUUUACUGAAUGAAUUUCACGCCGUUAACUCUAGUCUUAAAAGUGUGUAAGUAGAAAAUAACGCGGUUGUCUAUCGUAGUGACACGAUGUCAUGGUUGGUAAACAGGGUGUGGCCCGCUCACACAAAGCAGAAAGCGAAGCAUGUCAUAUGUGGCUCGAGGCAUCAAGCCUCCGUUCGUAAUUCCUUCAAGUUGCCCAUACGCCUGAAGAUAAAAAUUUGAACAAUUUCUCCAAAUGCUAUUUUUAUACAUGGCAAAAAUUAUGUUCUAAGUAAAAGUAUUUUCAAACUGUUUUUGAAGUAAAGUUGUAAAGUGUACUCUGUAGAGCCGAUAAGUGACAUGCCUCUAUUCUUCUCUAAGUGACAGAAACAGUGACAGUUAUCAUUUGCACAAACCCGAUUUAUUUUAUUGAAGUGUGUAGUGGUUGGUUCAGUGCGGUCCCUGCUCCAUUCAGAAUCUGUGUUAUUUAUGUAUCUCGUUUCUCAUUAUUUAUUGUUUAAUGUGUCAGUACAAAUGAUCAUGGUUAAGAACUCUAACUAGCCACGUUCGAAAUGCAAAAUUUUGGCGAUCUGCCAAAAAUCUAAAUUUAGAACUUGUCUCAUUUUUUUUGGUGCUUUUUGUCAGGCUUAGCGCGUCUAAAUGAAACGCAUCUGUAUUUUAAGUGUUUUUUUUUCUUUUUCAAAGAGCUCAAUCGUGUAGGCAAACCGAAAUUUAACUACGAUAGUGGGCCGUGGCUUGUGAAUUUGGUUGUUAAGACUGGAUCUCAAAACUUAAUAUUAUGAAGAUGUGUAUAAUUUUGUGUUCUUUCGUUGCCAAUCUACUUAUUUUAUUGUCAAUUCUUAUGCCUGCUCGUUUUGUUUUGUCAAGUGAUAGAAUGUCGUGAAAAAACACUUCACGAGUAAGUUAUUUGUUUCAGUAACAGAAAAUUUCAACAACAAACAGAUGUGUCAAAUUCGAGUAAAGUGUACAAAUCUGUUUCUGUCUUGUGUUACCAUACUAUAUUUAAAUUUAGUUACGUUUUAGCAAAUCUGCGGAUAUUACGAAAGAAAAUUCGUUUGCCUAUAUUCUAUCGUAAUUCAUGUCUAGUAAUCUUUUGUAGUUAAACUUUAUAUGGGCUCUUUUGAAUGAAAUGUAUUCAUAUGAUUUGUAUUUUCCAUGCAAUUGUAUGGAUACAUUUCAAAGGGUGAUGUUUUAAAUUGUACUGACCAAUUGUGAUUUUUCUCAUAUUGUUAUGUAGAUGUUUAUUCUUAUUUGUUUUGAAUAGUUUUUUUAAAAAUAAUUUCACUGUUUUAGUUUGAAACAUUCCACUAUAUGAAAUAUACAUAUGUAUAUAUCUAAUGAACAAAUUGAAAGGUUUAAUUGUAAGUAGAUCCCCCUCCCCAUGAUUGUACUGACUUAUACAUAAAAGAAAUCUUGUUCAAUAAAUGAUGGCAUUGUGUUUUUGUCAUGAAGUGAAA